UGUACAUCAAAAUCUUUAAAUACAUAUUUAAAAUUUGAAAAUUCUAUAUUGAAAAAAAGCACAAAACUAGCAAAAAGAAAUAUUAUGGAAAAACAAUUUUACCAUUUUGACAUUUUUGAGAAUUUUUAUAGUUAUCUGUAAUAAGUUUGACAUUAUAGAAAUUGAUAUUUUAGCCAGGUCGCAAACCGUUUAAAAAAGUGGUUGGACAAACGUCAAAAAGUAGGUCAAUAUUUUACAUUUACCUUUCAAUACGUGUGUUCAUAUGUUGAGAUUUUUAAAAAAGAUUUUUAGUAAUUAGUAAUUAAUUUAAUCAUGUAAGUAAAGUCCCGUAAUAUUUCUUCAGAAUUUUGUGACGAUUUUAAAAGCAUAACAGUAAGAAAUUUGGAAUAUUCAUUUUAAAAAAUACACCCUAUAGGAUGGAUUAAAAGUGAAAUAUGGCUGAAAAAUUAGGCUUAGGAACCGAGAUUAGGGAAUUAAAGAUUGGCCAGAGUUUCAUUAAUCCGAAAUCUAAGGCGUUUCAUACUAUAAAAUAUGAUUUCAAACCUGCAUCUGUGGAUACUAGUAAAAAGGCAACUGUUGAAGUACCAGGAGUGAAUCAGGUCUCAGUUACAGUACCUCAUUUAGAUGGUGCUGGAAUACCCCAGACAGUGUUUAAGGGCUCACAGAAGCCCUACACUAAAGAAUGUGUCCUUAUAAUUGAUAGGGUAACAGGUGAAAUUACAUUAGAAAAAUUAAGCUGCAAUAUACAAGUGAAAAAAACUAGGAGUGAAUAUAACAAACCGCAUAUGUCAAAGGCUGAUAGGUUAAAUCAAAGCAAUGACAGAUCCGGUAGCGGUACAUCAUCGUCAAACUCCAAGAACAGUCUCCCGAUGCGAUCUCAAACGCCGCCCGGAGCGACGGGGGUCGGCCAUCGUAUUUCUAGCAAAACGAAAGUCGCCAGUGGCAGUCGCAGGGGGGCCGACAGGCAGAUAACGCAUUUGGUGCCAAAACAUUCGCCUCUACACGCGAGUCCCAGUUACCCAUCCCCGGGCCAUCCUGUCAAAAGUCCCAAAAGGGAAUUGCAUAAUAGCGUUAAUGAGUCACACAAUCACAGCACUCUUGCCAGCCUUCCGAUGAUAGGCGUAGACGAUUUUUCAGACUUAAGACCCCCUUCGAGGAAUGCACACGUCGCUUCUAAUUCCAGAGCACCACAGAAUUUGAACAGUCAGCGACUGCCCACUGAAAAGCGACCCAUGCCCACACCCCUGCCGUCCGUCAAGGUUGAACCAGGCAUAGGAGAAAUAACCGAUACUUCCUCAUCGAGUAGCGAUAGCGAUUCCGACUCGGACAUAGACACCGUAGCCAAUAAGAAUGUAAUACCACCGCCGGUGGGUAAAAUGAAUGGUUACAGUAAUGGUAACACCAACUCAAUGAAGCUCUUGCUCAAUGACGAUUUGUGCCUGUCUGAAAGCGGCUCUGAUUCAGACUGAUAUCUUAUUUAAAGGUUUUUUUUUCGAUGUUGUAUCCUGUGUAAUUUUGUGAAUAAGACGAUGUGGCAAAGUUUAUAUGGUAAUGAUAUUUAGUAUUUGUAAUAAAAUGAUAUAUAUGUACUAUAUUUCCAGAAGUAUAUACUGCAAAUGAAAA